AUGGCUCUCGCCGAUGAUAUCGUGAGCAUAAGCUCUAAAAGCGUCCGUGAACAAAAUUGCUAUCGCUGCUUGGUCAUCCAUCAGAAGCACGAAAAUGUACUGCAGUACAAAGAAUCGGAGUGCGGAUGGAGCAACAAGCUCGACCACGUCUGCAAUCUUCUGACGGGCGACUCGAAGCUGAACUCAAUGUUCCGACUGGACGCUGUGCCGGUACCGUGCCCCUUCCCGCACUCGUAUACAUUCGAGUACAACAACGGUGGGGGACUGUGCACCAACCCGCCCUCCACGGUCCAUUCCUGCACCGAGUCUUGGAGACUCCUUUUCCAAUACCAAGCCUGCCCAGAUGUCAGAGGCUCUGAGAGCAUGGUGGAAGAAUUGACGUGCCUGGGCGUGUGGAAGGAGGGUAGCAAUCAUUAUCUCGUCGGAAUAUCGGACCACCGAAGAGUGAACUCAGAUGCUGACAAGUAUCGGUGCUACGCGUACGCUGGCUCAGGCAACGGCUUUAAAAUGGCCAAGAGUGGAGACGCGAGCUGCCACGGCCUUUUCUCCCUGACUGGCGGAGCUAGCACUCUCCGCCUCAAUAAAGUGGAGACGCGGGGUUCUCGAUGCCACUUCCCUCUACGUCACAGUGAAUGGCAUUCACUGGAUGGCAAAGGCCGUCUCCACGUCACUCGCCACAACACAACCUUGCGUUACUCAACUCACGGUGAAUCUGGCCCUAUCACCUACACCUGCUUCCACACCAUCAAGAGUCUUCCGGAAACUUCGUCUUACCAUCGUCACGGUGAUUCUUCCUACUACCGAACAGCUUCCCGAAGCUCGUCGUCACAGCAAGACGAAUUUGAGGUUUCAGCCGCGUCGGUUUCGUCAUCAAAACAUAUGGAGGAAAAACUCGGAUAUUUUGUCACCAGAGUCUUCCAUGGCUGCACAAGUGGUUUCAAAUGCAUUAAACUGGUAGAGCGUGACCAUCAAGUCCUGGAAAUAUUAAUGGGCAAAGUGGCUUCAGUCGCCGAAGAAGCCUGCAGCCAUCACUUCUUCGAUGCCUCCUCGACCAAUUACUCGACUUUCAUCAGUAGUAACGCGGAGAGCCGCAGCUGCCCGAGCAUGGGCCGAUACGAGGUGGUGGCGGACAUGGGCACGGCCCGAGCCGCGGCGUCGAGCAGCCACGCCGCAUCGCCCGCCUCGGCAUCGGCGCCGCAGGCGAGCACGGGAGGCGGCAGUGGCACGGCUCUGAGCGCGCCUUCCCGCGACGGCUGUGAGGCGCCAUACACGGCGCUCACCGUCGGCUGCUCGGCCUCCGACACGCUAGAGAUGCACACCUCAUGCUCCAAUGCUGUAUACUCGUGCCACGGCUGGUGGCAGGAGCCCGGAGGCCGCCAAUUCCUGGUGGUGACGCCGACAUCGCGGGCCAGCACCGGUGCCCGCCGCCUCUGCCUCGUGCUCGAGAGCCACGGGCCCGAGGACGCCGCAGGCGGAGCCAUGACCAUCGCUUCUUCCACGGGCUACUGCAGCCGAUAUUGGAACAUGCGAGACGCUCGCUGCAAGCGCGGCCUCUGGAGCACAGCGCUCCAAUCUGCAGCUGCAGGACGGCAGACGAGCAGCAACUCUGGGCGUGCUGACGCUGUUCAGCACCCUGACCUCGACGCUUCUGACUACAGCGUGUUGCCUCAAUAA